UUUUUGUUUUAACUUUUCUAGAAUGUUUAAGUCCAUUUAUUCUGGUGAAGAUUUAAACAUUUGUGUUUUUAGAAUUUUUAGACAAAGUCUUUUUAAAUUUGCCUGAAAAGUCAAUCUAAUAAAUUGAAAAUAAAUUGGAAUUACUCUCGCGACAUUUUAGGUUUCAGGUCAAAAUGUUUGGAAAGUGUUGCAUCUCUUAAGACAUGUUGGCUCGUUUUGUAUAUCGUCCUCCAUACCGUCUUUUACCGUGGCCCGAAGGUCAUGUCCCACCUCGGGAUUGGGCAGACCGUUUGACGUGUUGGGCUGAGGAGCCCCUCAUAUGUAGAGGCGGUCAAACCUCCGCUGAGCUGAGCAGGACCCUGAGACUGAGAGCAGGAAGCGGACAGACCACCGGUGGACUCUCUGCUGCAUGAUAAGAUGAAGUCUUUACUCUGGAGCCUGCUGUGCUGCGCUUCGCUGCUGCUGUCGGAGGUCCUGGCCACGUACCAACCCCUCAGUGCGGGGGAGCCGCAGCUCAUAGCCGCACAAAGCUACGCACAAACCAGAAACAACGGCCGACCACCCUUCAGAACCCUCAAUCCAGCAAUUCACAGAAGUGAUUACACGUAUAGAGGAGGGUAUCACUACCACUACCAGCCACCAAGGAUCCCUCCACCGGUAGUGUACCGACCUAUUCCUCUAUCUCCUCCAGUGACUUACCACAGACCCUCAGUCCCCAUGCCGCCCUAUCACCACAGAUUCAAAGGGCCAGUGGCACCACACAUGCAUCACAUAUACAAAGGUCUGUCUCCACCAGUCGCUCACCAUCCCCAUCAAAGGCUCAAAGGCCUAUUCCCUUACAAAUUGAAAGGUCCGUGCCCAACAAAGGCAGACCCAACAAUACCUGUGGUACACCUCCCUACACUUCCAACUCUAUCAGAGCCAACAGUGCUGCCAACUCUGCCAGCGACUACCAUGGCACCUCUGACAACCAUGAUGCCGGUGGUGGUGACCACUGUGGCGCCAGUGGAGACCACCGCUCCUGUGACGCUACCGGUCAGUACCCAAAGCGGCUUCAUCACCACCGUCAGUGCUGUGGAGACAGAGACAGACUCUCAGUGCAGGAGCCGUCCCCUGGACCUGGUCUUCAUCAUUGACAGCUCUCGCAGUGUGCGUCCUGGUGAGUUUGAGAAGGUGAAAAUAUUCCUGGCUGACAUGGUUGACACAUUGGACGUCGGCACAGAUGCCACCAGGGUGGCUGUGGUCAACUAUGCCAGCACGGUCAAAAUCGAAUUCCUUCUCAAAGACCAUUUCAACAAGCCUGACAUGAAAAAAGCCAUCUCCCGCAUCGAGCCUUUGGCAGCCGGCACCAUGACUGGCCUUGCCAUCAAGACAGCAGUGAACGAAGCCUUCACUGAGCAGUCUGGAGCCCGGCCUCGCUCCAGAAACAUCUCCAAAGUGGCCAUAAUUGUGACAGACGGGAGACCUCAAGACCAGGUGGAGGAAGUGUCCGCUGCAGCUCGGGCCUCAGGCAUCGAGAUCUACGCUGUUGGGGUGGACCGCGCCGACAUGCGCUCCCUGCAGCAGAUGGCCAGCAUUCCUCUGGAGGACCACGUCUUUUAUGUGGAGACCUACGGUGUUAUUGAGAAGCUCACAUCCAAGUUCAGGGAGACCUUGUGUGGUCUGGACCCCUGUGCCAUGGGACAUGACUGCGAACACACAUGUGUCAACAGCAAUGCCUCCUAUUACUGCAAGUGCCGGAAUGGUUAUAUCUUGAACGCGGACAAGAAAACGUGUUCACUGAAACAGGUGAAGGUGGAGGUGGUGGAAGAUCCCUGUAAAUGUGAAGCUAGACUGGUUUUCCAGAAGCAAACACAGACCGCCAUCCAGCAGCUCACAGCCAAGCUAGCUGAUGUGUCUGGGAGAAUAGAGCGUCUGGAGAACAUGGUGGGCCGUGCUUAAAGCUGGACACAGUGGCAGAGACAGCUAGCUGGUUUGGACAUGUGCUUCCUGUCAUCACCCCUCCCACAACUAUUUCAACCACACAUCGAGAGAAGCUGUGAUUCAAAAACCAUUAUGCCUCAAGUUUUGGACUGUUAUGGAUCACUGAAUAACCAUAUCUACAUUUGAUCUUGGAUUUACAUUAAAUGCAAUGCUUUUAAACUGCUGUAAAGGCUACUUACUCUAUUUUCUCUGAUCACCUGACCAAACACAGUGUGAUGUCUAAUAACCUAAGAAAAUAAGUAUUAUUUUCAUUGUUUCCCAUGUACUGUAUGUUUGUUUUGUUUCAUGUUUGUACAAAGUUGCUUAUUGUAUAUAGUAGUUUUGUCAAAUUGGAUUUACAUAGUAACAUAUUUUAACAGGAAAUUACUGUAUGCUCUGAAGUAUUCAACCAGUAAAAUGUUUAAGUAAGAUAUUUUGCAUAUUAUCUUUAUUGUAUCUCUGUUACAGUAGUUUAACCAGCAACAGUUUUACUGUUACAUAUUUUAUUAUGUGUUAUGGAUAAUAAAUGCUAAUCUUCUGAUUCUGUGAAUGUUAUUAGAUGACAUAUAAUUUUUAUAAAUGUAACCAAGCAGACAAAUUGGAUAUAAGAAUAAUUACAAAUUGAGUUGUGCAUACAUUUGUCUUUUCCUUAACUUUUCUUAAAUUAAUAACUGCGGGAUAAUACUGACGUUAUUAUGUGUGUAAUCACACUAACAUGCUUAUAAUAAUAAUACAAUAAACGAAGAACAGUAAUGGUGGCAUGUGCUGCGUCCAGUGAAU